ACAAAGAUAACAAAACAAAAGCAGUAUUACCAAAAGAAAAAACAAUCUCAAAUCUAGAAGAAGUAAAAGUAACAAUUCAGAUAGAAGAUAUUCAAAUACAAAUCAAAGUAACUAUUAUCAAAAGAGAACAACCUUACCUUCUCUUAUUUGAAGCUGUAAUAUAUAUUGGAAUAGCAGAUAAGAAUCGGUCAGACAUGAUAGAUAAUAUUUAUGAAAUAUUAAAAGAACUAGUUCAACAACAAUUAGAAAUAGUAGCAAAAAUAUUUAUAGAAGUCUAUCAGAUAAUAGCAAGGCAUAAAGAGGUCUAUGCCAUGAUAUUGGAAACACCUAAUAAUAAAUUAACACAACAAAUAGCACAAAUUCAUAAAGUAACAAAAUUAAAAGAAUUUGCUAAUGAUAAAGAGAAACAAAAAGAAAUUCAAAUAACUAUACCAGACACCUCUAAAAUGGGAAAAUUUGUAAAAGAAAAUCUUUCUCAACUGGAAAGAGAUAAAUAUAAAAAAUUAUUAGCAUCUUCAUUAGAAAAACAAGAAAAAAUAUAUAAUGAUAAUGAAAUAGAAAGAAGGUAUAUACCAAAAGAUAAUACCUAUAGAGAAUGGCCUGUAACUCCAACAUCUAGUAAAGAAGAUUUUAGUCUCAAAAGUAGAAACAUAAGAGAAUGGUUUAAAAAGCCAAGCAAAAGAAUCACUGAGACUAAGUUCUCUGAUAAAAGACUUUAUAAUGAAGAAGAAUUUAAACUCCAAAAACCACCUAUAAAAUAUAAAAGAACAAGAACAGUUGCAUCAACUAAUACAAAUUUAUUAUUCACAAAUAAAGAUAAAUGGAGAAAAAAAAGAGAUAUUAGAAGAAAACUCUUUCAAGAAAGCAAAAAUAAAGAAAUAACAUCUGAAGAUGAAAAAGAAAUAAAUGAAAUAAAUAACAUUAUAGAAGAUGAUGUACAAAAUUAUUAUAAAAAUAGAUAUAAUGAUGAAGAUACUAAGAUAUUAGAAAUACCAAGAAAUAGACAAACAGCACAAUACCUAGUCACAAGAAAUAGUAAUUUAAUAGAUGAACAAUGGCAAAAAGCAUAUGCAUAUACUUCACCAAAA